CUACAUUUGGGGGGAGAGAGAGAGAACCACUUCGCACUCCCUCGUGAGCGAGCACGCGCCGACUCUCAGCCCGCGCGACGAGCCGCUGACUGCGUGAUCGACACCACCACCACCACGUCGUGAACUCCCUUCCCCCCCGCUACAAAUUCACCGCAGUCUCUAUUGUCACGCACUUCAUGACUUCGCUCUGCUGCUCCAUAGACGAUCCCGAUGGAAUUUGGCCAAUUCUGUCGAGAGCUUGGUGGCAUUGAUCAGGUUGUGGACGUUAUGAGUUGUUGAUGUUGUUGGAUUGUCGAGCAGGAGCGGAAUUGAUGAGACUGGUGAUGUGGGGCGGAGCAGUUGGGGUGAUUCAGACUCCAGCGUGGGGGAGUUUUACGAGGGAGUGAGUGAGGGAGUGAGUCAGACGGUGCGGUUUCGAGAGGAGAGAUGUGUUUAUUGGAUUUGGUUUUCUGCGUGAGAGGCUUCGGUGUCGUUGAGAGGUGUUGGAUGUGGUGAGGAGUGAGGAGACGAGGAGGUUGUGGAGUAAGCGAGUGGACGCGAUGGAGCCUUACCACCACAGCCGUCGGGGUAAAGAGUCUGGUGUUGUGUGUGGGAUGAGCCGGGGGAAACAAACGACGUGCCUGAUGCUGACGAUGGUUGCCAGUAUGGCUCUGGUGCUGCUUUGGGAAGCGAUGCCCUUCACCAGCUCCAAUGCCGUCGGUACACCAAUUCUCAAUCGUGAGCUUCGAAGUGAGCUCGACGAGCUGGCCAAGAGUUACGAGUCCCGGCCGUUUCUGAGAACUGUGCCAUUGAUCAGAUCGAAAGAAGACGAUGAAGACACCGACGAAUCUUCUUCCUCAGAAGCUGAUUCUGGCGAGUUAAUCGAGAGAGACAGCACACCUACUCGAGCAGGCACUCGAAUUGAAGAGUUCAUCCAGAACGCCUCAGAGGUAAUCCCUGAAGAAUCGACAUCAGCAGACUAUGAACAAGUUGAGAGAGUCAAGGGUAAUGUAAAGUCUGGCGAGGUGCAUGUUUCGAAAAAUGAAACCAACACCGGUGAACUUGAGACUAUCUCUCCCUUCGAGAGCUUGCACCGCUCCAACAAAACCUCGGCUCGAGAAUCUGAGGAAUUGAUCUUGGCCGAGAAUGAGGCGGCUCUGCUGGUGAACUCUAGCUUGAAUUCCACCACGCAGCAUGAAGAGCCCCUCAAGACUGCAACUGAGAAGCUCGCCGAAUCAUCUAAGACACCAGAAGAGAAGCAAUUCGCAGACAACACGACGAUUGAAGCCAACCUCAACGAGAGGUACCCAUCGUUACCGUUGGGUGAAUCAGCAUCUAACCAUAGCAACUCGAAUGAUACUAGUGCUGAGGCGAAGAAUCUUUCGUCGGCUGUGAGUGAUGGAUCUGACGAUGAAUCUGACGAUGAAGCUGAAGAAGAGCCCCCGGAGACUGCAGCAGAGAAGUUGGUCGGAUCAUUUGAGUCACAGGCGGAGAAGCGGGCUCAAAUGAUCAUUGAUGCCUAUGCCAAGGAGAGGCGCCCAUCCAAACCGUUGGGUGAAUCAGAAUUUAGCUAUAGUAGUUCCAAUGCUACCAGCGCCAAAGCAAAGACUCUCUCCACAGCUGCGAAAGAUGAAGCUGAAGUUGAUGAUGAAGAAGAGUCCUCACAGACUGCAGCUGAUAAUUACGUCGAAUCGUCUGGAUCACUAACGGAGAAGCAAAACAAAACGCGUAUUGAGACAGACCUCAAGGAGAGACGCACAUCGAAACCGUUGGGGGAAUCAGCAUUUAACCGUAACAGUUCGAAUUUUACUGCCGCGAAGGCAAAGCAUCUCUCGACGGCUAUGAAAGAUGACGCUGAAGACGAAGCUGAAGAUGAUGAGGAGCUCCCGCAGACUGCAGCUGAGUAUAACGUCGAGUCAUCUGGGACACCAGCGGGGAGGCGAAACCAAACGAUUAUUGUGACCUACCCCAAAGAGAAGCGCACAUCGAAACCGUUGCGUGAAUCAACAUUUAACCAUAGCAGUUCGCAUGCUACUGCCGCCAGGGAAAAGAAUCUCUCGGCGGCCAUGAAAAUUGAAGCAGAGGAUGAAGCUGAAGAGGUGUUCCCACAAAUUUCAGCUGAGAAAUUCGACGAGUUAUCUGAGACACCAGCAAGGAAGAAAACCGUUGAGGCACUUUCCAAGGAGAGGCUCACAUCGAAACCAUUGGUAGAAUCAGCCAUUAACCUAGGCAGUUCGAAUGUUACUGCAGCCAAGGUUAAGAAUCUCUCGACAGCUGUGAAAGAUGAAGCUAACUUAGCAGACGAUGCAGCCGAGGAAGAACCCCUCGAGUCUGCUGCUGAGAAUCUCGUCGAGCCGUCUGAGUUACCAGUGGAGAAGAAAACCGCAAACAGGACGGCCAUUGGGGCCUACUCCAAGGACAGGAUCACAUCAAAACGGUUGGGUGCAUCCGCAUCUAACCAUAGUAGUUUGAAUACUAUCGACGCUAAGCCAAAUAGUCUCUCAUCGACUCUGAAAGAUGAGGCUGAAGAUGAGCUUGACGAAGAGCCCUCACGAACUGCAGCUGAAAAGUUCGUUGAGUCGUCUGAGUUAUCAACAGAGAAGCAAACCGCGGGUAAUACGACCACUGAGGCCUAUUCUACUGAGAGGCACACAUUAAAAUCGUUGGGUGCAUCGGCAACUAACCAUAGUUUGAAUGCUACUGACGCAAAGAACCUCUCGUCAGCUAUGAAAGUUGAAGCCGACGAGGUUGCAAGUACUCAAGGGAUUAACUCAUUAAACGCGAAGAAUACCUCACAGAAGUGUGACUAUUCGGUUGGGAGUUGGGUGAAGGACAAUUCGCGGCCAUUGUAUUCCGGCCUCGAGUGCAAGAUGUGGCUCUCCCCUGUCUUCGCAUGCCGGCUCAACAAGCACCCUGACAAGCAAUACGACCGCUACCGGUGGCAACCAGCGGGAUGCAACCUACCGGUCUUCAAUGCUUCCGCUGUCUUGGAAACGUUACGGAACAAGGUGCUGGCCAUCGUAGGAGACUCUCUCGGCCACCAACAGUUACAAUCCCUGCUGUGCAUGCUCACGCGCGGCAAAAACACCACUGCCAUGACAGACAUUGGCAAGCAGUUCAAUUUCCACACGCUAAAAGGAGAACGAAGGCCGAAUGGGUACGCAUACAGGUUCGACGCGACCAACACUACCAUUGUCUUCAAGUGGACGGUGACUCUCGCCAGGGUGCAGCCGAUCAAUGCAUCGGACCCGGAGACACGGAACGCCCUCCACAUCGACCGGCCGGUGAAGUUCCUGGAGGAUCAUUUCCACCAGCUGGACGUGGUGGUGCUGAACUCAGGACACCACUGGAACGGGGGCAAGAUGAGGCUGAAUAGGUAUGAUUUCUACCACCAGGGGAAGCCAGCCAAUCUCACUGUGUCGCAAGCAUACAACAUGACGGUGCACAACGUCGUGCAUUUCGCACACAGGAAGACACAAAACACCAGUAAGAUAGUCUACUAUCGAUCCCUGUCACCUCGUCAUUUCCGAAACGGGGACUGGAACACUGGCGGCACAUGCGACACCAUCAGGUUUGAGGGUGACAAGCAAGUGCAAGAGGGCAACCGCAUCGACCCACAUGCGGAGAGUGCCAUCCUCGGCACCACCGUGAAUUUGCUCAACAUCACGUCGCUAUCGCUCCAGCGCGGCGAGACCCAUGUGUCCAAGUAUGGCGGUGCGAAGAGUGGCCAGGAUUGUUUACACUGGUGCUUGCCCGGCAUUCCGGAUACUUGGAACGAGAUCCUUUUUGCAGACCUCGCGACGAAGCUCACUAGCACCGCCAUCGCCAGCAGAGCUGAGAUGAGAUGAGAUGAGUUCAGAUUUAGGGUUUAAAGCUCCGACACUGCUGCACUUUGUACAUUCCUCGACGACCCCACUCCACCCCACCAAUUCUUUCACCGCCACAUGCUGUAUUCAGAUGUCGCUUACUACGCCGCAUUUUAGAUUCUAGCUACAGGGGUUGUCCCUUGAUCUCAUGAAUUCAUUCUUAAGCUUCCCACAUUCGAAGCAUAACCCAAUGACAAAAACUGCAGCUUUUUGUUGUAGUGUAUCGCAAUGA